AUGAACCCUACAUCAACACAGAAUGGACGGGGGGGCAACCGGCCGGCUCCCUCACACGGCUCUUGGGAUCGCAAUGCGCUCUCUCGGGAUACACAUCGGAAUGUGGGAUAUGGGGACUAUCCUGUACAAAACAACCCUCCAACGUCGCAGUACGCUCCUGCGCCGGGUAUGAACUCGAAUUUUGGGUCUCAGAUUCCUCAGGCGAAUCAAACGUCACAAGGCUAUCAAUCUCGGCCCCACGCUCCUGCCAUGCAACAAUACAGCCAACCGCAGAUGCCUUCAGGACAAGGCCAACAAUUUGGCGCUUUUAAUACCUUACCACAAACCCCAAUGGAAAUGGAUCAAGCUUUCUUCCAAAUGGCACAGAAUAUGCCCUGGAUGCAUCCAGCCUUUGAUCCCGGGAUGCCAUUUCCACCCCCAUUUCCUCUCCUCCCUUUCGAUAUGAAUACCCCACUACCCUUCCAAAACACCCGACCCAUGAGCACGAUGGCCGGUGGUGCAGGACAGCGAUUUACACCUGAUGCACAAAGACAACGUUCGCCAACACCGCCAGUCAAAGUCCCGCUUCCAACACUGCAAUACACAAAUCAAGCAUCACUGAAACCAGAGAAGACAGAAAAGCGACCACUUCUCGUCAUCCUCGAUCUCAACGGCACCCUCAUCUACCGCAAGCUACGCAAAUUCCCACCCAAAUUUGCCAGACGCACCGGUCUAGAUCACUUCCUAGCCACGCUGAUUGAAAACUACAAAGUCAUGAUCUGGUCCAGUUCCCAACCCCCGACUGUAAAUGCAGUCUGCGAGCAGCUCUUCCCAGGUCCCAUGCACGAUGCUCUAGUUGCCCUCUGGGGACGCGACAAAUUUGGCCUCACCGCCGGCCAAUACAACAAAAAGCUCCAGGUCUACAAGGAGCUGCACAAAGUCUGGGCGGAGCCACAUAUCCAAGGCGCAUUCCCAGGCAACGAGCAUCUGAAAGACCCACCUGCCCCAUUGCCAGACGCCCAACCGCCGCACAAGAACCGGAAGCAAAAGCAGCGCGAGGCUGAGGCUGCAAAGCUCCCUGCGGGCCACCGCUGGGACCAGACGAACACUAUCCUCAUCGACGAUAGCAAGCUUAAGGCCUCCAGCGAGCCAUACAAUAUCCUCGAGAUCCCGGAGUUCAACGACGAUCCUAAUAUCGAUGAGACGAAGCUCUUCAUUAAGGUCCUCAACCGCCUCGAUUUUCUCGCCCACCACGACGACGUGAGCAAGGUCCUCCGCGUCUGGAACGAGCGCGUAGACAGGGGCGAGGGCAGUAUUCUCGAAUUAGAUAUUGGGCUCCAUGAGGAUUCUGUCGACAACGAGGAUGGCGGGAUGAGUCUCAUCCCAAAGCAGCCGAAUGCCAACUCCAAUGGCGUGGGGGCUGUCCCUGCUCCUACAAACGCUAAACCCAAGGUCAAGAAAAAUAAGAAGGCCAAGGCUAGAGCAAAAGCGGACGCUGCCAAUAAUCCAACUACAGCCCAGAACACUGAACCUACAAACCCUGCAGUCACCACUACUACAAAUAAACCGCCAGCCACAAAACCAAACCCAAAAGCCCCGAAAACAGAAGAAGAAAAAGCUGAAAUCAAACUGUCACGCAAAGCGCGCAAAAGAGCAAAGAAAGAAGCCCAGCAAGAAGAAACUCGUGCCGCAAACGCCGUCCCCGAAGCCGAAUACCAAGAGACCAGCGAACUACCCACGCCGAGCUGCAACAAUGUAACGGAAAAUCAUGUCAUCGCUAGUAUCGAGCUAGGCGUAGACGGUGCCGGGGAUAGCUCUCGAAAUGCCAAAGGUCAGCGAUCACUUCGUCGCAAACAAAAGGCCGCCAACAGAAAGGCUCUGUUGGAAGCUAAUCGUCCCAAGCCCCCUCCUGCCUCCGAGAAUACCGGUCCGGCAGAGCCAAGAUACAACCUCCGAAAAACGAGUAUUUAUCCUCCCGGAUUUAGCGAUGAACAUGCUUCUGGAGAUGUCCCUGCCUCUACCUCUGCUUCUAUUUCAGGCUCUGGAUAUGCCUCUGGUCCCGGGACGGCCUUCGAAUCCGCCUCUGCUGCAGCUCACGCCGCCAAUGCCGCAAACAUCGUGACAAGCGGAUUAUCACCCGAGUAUCUCCCCCCAGACGCGGAUCUAACCAUCGGUAUGGAACUAGAUGUCGGUGAGUAUGUCCCGCCGGAUUUUGUGACUGAGUCGAGUGCUAAGCAUGACCGGUCUCCGUCGCCGGCUUCGUCGGCUGGGUCGGGGAAUUGGUUGCUUGAUCGUCUUGAAGAAGGGCUUGGGAUUCGCAAGCCUUGA